GCGAUAUUUAUUCGUUCCAAGAAUAGCACCCCUAAACCGGAAUGUCAAAAUAUAAUGACGUUAUUCUUUCUGUGUAAAGAGGUGGAUAGAAAUUCGUAUUUAUUUGUUGUUUAAUAUAAUUUAUAAUGGCUGCUGAAAUCAAGCCCGCACCCAGGACUCCUAACGACAGGUUUUCAACAACGAAGAAACCGGCCCUAUUGAGUAAAUUGGAAGGAUGUACAGACGAUGUCAACGCAGCGGUUGUUAUUCCUGGCGAGGAUGGAGUAAUUAGCGUUUGCGACGAUAAGACAGUCAGAGUAUGGCUUAAAAGAGACUCAGGGCAGUACUGGCCAAGCAUCUGCCAGUAUAUGCCGUCCGGCUGCACGUCCAUGUUCUACACACCUGAGACCCGUCAGCUGUUCAUUGGCCAGGAGAAUGGGACCGUCUCGGAGUUCACACUAGCUACAGAUUGUAAUAGGAUUAAUCCAACCCGUGAGUAUCUAGCGCACACGGCGCGCGUGACCGGCGUUCAGUUCUCGCUGAGCUGCGAGUGGGUGCUGUCGGUGAGCCGCGACAAGCUGUUCUCGUACCACUGCAGCGAGACCGGCCGCAGGAUCGGCGGGUACUCGUUCGAGGCCUGGUGCACGGCGUUACAGUUCGACUCUCAAUCGAAGUACGCGUUCGUAGGCGACUACAGCGGACAGAUAACUAUGUUGAAGUUAGACAACAAUGGCGCCACGCUCGUCACUACGCUUAAAGGACACACCGGGUCUGUGCGCGUGUUGAACUGGGCGCCGCAGCCGCAACUCCUCUUCAGCGGGUCGUUCGACCAGACCAUUAUCGUGUGGGACAUCGGCGGGCAGAAGGGCACGGCCUAUGAAUUACAGGGGCACAGCAACAAAGUGACGGGCCUGUGGUACGUGGGAAGCUGCACUUGCCUGGUGUCGGGCGGCGAGGACGGCGCGCUGGGCGUGUGGCAGAUGGGCGUGCGGCGCCGCGAGACGCCGGCGUGGCGCGAGGCGGACCUGUGCCAGCUGUGCCGCGCGCCCUUCAUAUGGAACGUGCGCGCCAUGAUGGAGAAGAAACAACUAGGACUGAGACAGCACCACUGCCGCUGGUGCGGCGCAGCUGUAUGCGCGACUUGCUCCCCGCACCGCCUGCCCCUCCCCGUCAUGGGCUUCGAGUUCCCGCAGCGCGUCUGCACCGCCUGCUACGAGACGUUACGACAUGAACCGCGCGAGUCCCUAGCGUCGUUCCACGAUAUGAAACACGCCGUGGCAUCGCUGUUCGUGGACGAGGCGACUGGGCGUAUGGUGACGGCGGGCAAGGACCGCGUCAUCAAGGUGUGGGACGUGUCAGCACUGCUAGCGCCCCCGCCGCGCGCCGGCCCCAGCGACCAGUAGCCGUGAGUCGCAACUCUCAACUCUAACCGUAUACACUGAAAGUCGAAAUUCGUUCAUCCCCAUUUCGAUCGCUGGAUUGCGUGAUAGAGAUGGAGAUAGAUAAACUUCACACUUUGAUCGCAGUAACGCUCUUGAAGAGAUCCAUUUGGAUUUUGGCAAACGAUCCAGUUUUUUUUUCUAUUCAUCCAAUACGUUUGUAAAUUUGGCUAUGGUUAGUACGCGAUUUUCCAGAUAUGAAAGUAAUGAUUCUAACGAAAAAUUAGUGUCCGAUGGAACCCAGAUUUUUUGCCAAAACCGAAAGUUUGGUUGUGCUCUGGUUUCAAAUAUUAUUUUUAUGCCGAAACCGAACCGUCGGCCGAAACAAGAUUUAUGCCAAAACCUGCCGAAACCGGAACUUCGGUCGAACACUAAUGUAAACUUACUAAUAUAAUUACUGCCAGAAACACACAGCAAGAUCGGUUUACCUACGAUAGCGGUGCCGUCAUAUAGCGGCCGUCUCCAUACUAAAUAAUACGGCUCAAUAUGGAUGUCGUAGUAAUUGUAUGGAGACGGCCGCUAUAUGGAACUGCUAUCCUAGGAAACCAGAGCAUAAGUGUUAAAUGUCAAAUGGCAGCUUAUGACUAUGGAUCGUUUGAAUAGUCCUCGGAGUAAUUAACAAUGGAGCCGCCAUUAACAGGCGUUCCCCUCUGUCGAAAAUAGGCGGCCAAUGGUCAACCACAUGUCAACCAUAUGUAUGGACUGACGUUUAUCUGACAUGACGUACCUAUACAUUUGAUGUGCCCCUCCCCCGCAAAAAUCGGCAGACUAUUUUGUACCGAAAAUUUUAGACAUGGCGUCUCCAUUGGUUAUAUCCUCUAAGGAAUAGUCGGAACAGGAAACGUCCUUCUCUAAUUAUCAAUAAUUAUCGAUUUGUUGUGAAAUAAUCGGUGAAGGUUUUACACAACGCUACAUAGAUGGCGUCAUAAUCAAUUACUAAUCGCGAGUAUUUACGAUACGGAUACGGACUGAGCGAUCAAACCUUCAUUCAUAGGAAAUAAUGGGUUUUUAUAACUCGUCAUAAAGCGACUGAUUCAUUAACAAACAGUCCAUUGUAUUCUGAACUUUAAGACCUAGAGUUAAGAUCAUAAUUGCAUUGCACAUAGUCUAGCUAGCGAAUUUAUGAACUAAACCACGCUUGUUCAAUAAAGAUCAAAUUUGCUAACCUGUAAACUAAAUCAUAUACUGAGAGUUUCUGAAAAGUUGUGUGAAACCUGUGUGAGCGAGAUAGUCUCUCAUUCGUCCCGUUCAUGUUGAGAGAAGUGAGAACAACAGGGCCCUAUUUUACUCUGCUAAAGGUUACAAUUUUGCAAGUCUAGUUUCGGUAUUUGAAAAUUUGUAAGAUAGGGCCCUGUAUCUGUAGCCAGUGAAAAUAGUGGUGGCGGUACGGCCUUUUCUUAUAAAAUGUAAAAUAACUCUUAUGCAUCUGACAAUAGAGUCGUGGUUAGAUAUGAAUUUGUCGUUCCAUUAAUAUUAAUGAAUAUAUGUAUAUUUUUCAUACUCUCCACCACAUUUUCAUCCAGUGCUUAAGAACUGGGGCCUGUUUUAUAAAAGCUUGUAACUACUAAUACAAACUUUCGUGAAACGGGCCCAUGUAAUUUAUAUCAAUGUAUAUUAAGUGUUCAUAGGCAGAUGGUUACUUCGAUUGUAAAAAUCGAUUAAAUAGUGUAGUUUAUGGAUAUAGGGGUCAUUUUAUUUCAAGUUGUAUAUUAACCUUUUUUUUGUUGGGAAUUUUUAUGUUAUUUAUAUAAAGAAUGACGGACUGCUUCGAUUCUUAUAAGAGAAAAAGUGUCCCAUAAUUUCCAUACAUAUGUCGAUCUUACCAUACCGUCAUCGUCACACAAAGUCUAUGAAAAAUGGUAACGGGAUGGGAAAAAAUUUGGGACAUUUUUUGUCUCACAUUAUGUUCGUGUUUUUAGUUUAUUUCAUUAGAAAAAGAAUACGCGAUCUUGACGUCUCUUUUUAUUGAAAAACGCUUUUUUAAAGAUCAGUAACUAUUACUUAAAAAGCAAAAGAUUAUAAAUAAUCGCAUAUGAUUCAUAUUUGUUACGUAUUUGCCGUGACAUAUUUUUCAAAAGUCUUUUUCAAUAAAAAGACACGUCAAGAUUGUUUACCUUUAUUUAAUGCAAAAAAAUUGAACAAUGGGAUGGAAAGAGCUCGUGAUUCUAACUACCUAAUAAUAACUUAUAAACGUCGAAAUAAAAAAAAAAUUGUACAACUUAAAAUAAAAUGGCCGAUAGCGCAUGUAUAUCGGGUGUGAUCACUAGCGAAUCAACCCAGGGCUAGCUGUCAGUUUGCCGCUCUCUUUCCAACCAGUCAAGUGCGAAAGAGAUGCGAUAAACGCUACACUAGCGCCGUUCGAAGGAAUAUUAAAUAUUUACCUUCUAGAAAUUAUGAAUUAAAUAUUUAUGGAAUUGUUUAUUGGAAUAAUUGUUUUUAAAAUAUAUCUUAUUAAUGGUCCAACGAACGUUUCAAUGAGUUUUAUCCAGCCUACUACUAAGACUGAUCCUUUCCCUUUCAGAGAUAAUUUGAUUACUAACAACUUUUUCUCUAAACUGUUUCUGUUCUAAAUUGAAACUUAAGUGUCUUUUAAUAAGGUUAACUUUCAAAUGAAGCAUGAAAAUAAGCUUAUUUUGAUACAUUGUGUUAAAAAAGAUAAAAUAGAUUUUAGAGUCAACUUGAUGGAUCUCUAAUACGAAUUUUUUUUAACAUCUUCAUCUAUUUGUCCUCCUUCGUUCAUUACCUUACUACAUUUUACUGAUUCAUAUACAUACCUGUGACACUUCAUACCGGGUGUGGCCUGUAAUAUGAGCAAAAAUAUAAACUGUAGGUUGUACUCCUCAUACUGGCCAACAUUUGUUCAGCGACUUUUAAAAAUAACUUGUGGUUUGAUUUCGUCUUAGAAUAAACUUUAAAGUGUAUUAAACUUUAAAGUUUAUUCUAAGACGCAAUGUAUUGCGAAUUUUGUUACUUUUAAGGCGUGACAAGCAACGUCAAUCACAAUGAAAUGGCGUGGCUAUGGCGUCGAUUGAAGAUAAUAUUUAUUUUGUAUGAAAAAUUGGUAGUCUAAAUACUUAAUAAUUUUUAAAAGUUGUUGAACAAAAGUGUCACCGUUUGAGGAGUGCAAUCUGUUUUAAUUAUUUGCUCGUGUUACAGGCCACACCCGGUAUACCGUCACUAGUUAAAAACAGUCUCGUAUCUGGCACAGCUACUCAAAGUUAAAACGCAGUAACUCUGUAUGCAUCCCAUACAUUGUAACUAUGCAUUUUUCUUUUGAUUGGCAGAAGAAGAUACGAGUUUUUUUUGCAAAGUAGUCACGAUAUAUCGCUUGAGGUCUCAAACUUGGAUUAUUGAUACUGUAAAAAAUCAGAAUUACCGGAUUUGAUGCAAACGCUAAAUGUAAGUUACUGUAUACAAGGUGUAACAUGAGGAAACCGAAUAAUUUUAACAGCGUAUUCCUGAUCAUAUUUAGAGACAAAAAUGUCCUAUAAACUUUUUUGAAAUUCGCCUAGUUUCAGAGAUAUUAUUAUUUAAAAAAAAACAAGUUUUUAUUGUUACAUAGUGUAAUAGGCCUUUUUGAUGGUGAUGUUGCUGCUAUGGGACGUAGUCUAAAUAUCCUUAUUGAUAGAUGUCAAAAAGUGACAAGUAACAGUUUGCAAAAAGUAGGUUUUACGGAAAAAAAAUGUAAAAUCAAUUUUAAGUGACAAGUUUACCAAUAAAAUUUAUUUUUUAUGUAUAAUACAUUAAAAAAAAAAAAAAAAAUGAUUAUUUUUUGCCGAAAUUGACCUUAACUCAUAUUACAUUUUUUACUUCUUUUGACCUCAGAAAUGCGUGGUUAAAAUUAUUCGGUUUACUCAUGUUACACCGUGUAUUUUAUUUGAUUGUCGAUAUCAGCAUGUGUAACUAUGGUUUGUGGAAAUAAGGUACAAUUUCGAUUGAUUAUAAUAACCCAUAUUGGUAUUGACUAACACUAUCACCUAGAAAUUGAGAGGCAACCUAACCUGAACCCUAACGCUUAAUUAAAUACGAUUGAAAUUCCUUUAUCUUAUAAAAUCGCUUGAUCAUCUUCGUCUGACCUGACCUGACCUGACCGACCGAGAUUUGAGAUGACAAAAAACCGGUAUUUCCUUAUGCAGAAACGUUUUAGGCGUGGUUUCCAUUGUUAAAUUCCUUAAUAUAAAUAUGAAUAAACUUUACAGUAUUUUGAUUGCUUCUACAAAAACGGUUAAGGUACUGACUCGUAAAAUAUCCCAUUGUCUCUUUUGGAAAAAGUCACUGUCCCUUCUACAAGUAUAAAUGGCCCAACCCGUAAUAACUUAAGUUCCCGUUAGUAAUCCAUACAGCAAACAUAUAAGAUACAUACAUACACUCGUAUAUUACGACAGGUGACAACCGAAACUCUCUAAUUACUAAUAAUAAAAAAAACAAAAGAGCGUGCCACCGUCUUAAAGGAUGUUUGGCGGUAAUUGCUUACUACCAUUAGACGAUUCGUAUGCUCGUUUGCUUUUUAUAUAAUUAAUAAAAUCAGAGGCAUACUACAGUGAAAAAUAAUAGUUAUCAAAAUAAGGUUGUUUUUAUUUAUUUAUGUUUUUUACAAUUAGUGAGAUUUUGUUGUCACAUCACGAUUUAGUCAUAAGAGGAGGACAAUCAUAAUUUAAAAAAAAAUCUUCUCUGUAAUUCUGAGUUUAGAGGAGAAGGCAAGUAUAAAUGUGUGACCAGAAUGUGCGUGAUCCUAAUUAAGAAUCAUGUGUUCAUGGGACAUGUAAACUCAUACACAUAAUUGCGUAUGCCGUAAAAGUAUAAAACUUUGCCCUUUAAAAUAAAACUGUCACUUUCUUCAGAAAGUGUACCUAUCUGUAAAUUAAUUUUAAGUUAUUUCGCUUUUACUGAACUGUGACGCGGUGGGCAAAGUUAUUUUAAAGGCAAAGUUUUAAACUUUUACGGUAUGCGCAAUUAUGUGUAUGAGUUUACAUGUCUAAAUAUAUCAAUGUCUAUCAUAAAUUAUAGAGAUAUCUAUCAUUUAAAGGAUUAUAAACAAAUAAAAAGACGGCUUUCUUUUAUUCAUUAUUACGAGUAUAAAGUAUUUUUUAAGGUUUUGUUCAUUAGAAGCAUAUUUAAAUAACACUACAUAUGCACAGGCUGGCCCAAAAAUACGUAGAAAUAUAUUUUUUAGGUAUAUUUAUUCUUAACGUAAAACUUUAAAAACUUUUUUUUACAAAAUAGCAUUAUAACUUAAAGUUACAAUCAAAUCUUCAAAAUAUCAUCCUUUAGCAUUGACAAUAAAAUUAUCACCAACUUGCAGCACUAAAAAUUAAUUGUCAACGUUUUUUUGUGCCACCCUGUAUAAUUUAAUAUUACUAUACGAAUGACUGCUUUCCACAAGAGGCUGUGGCCGACUUAAAAUAUAUAUGCGUUAGUUUAUAAUAUAAACGCGGUUUUAAUGUAUUAUGUUAAUAAUUAUCAUGUCAUGUGCACGCGGCUUUAAAAAAGUACACUUGACAUUUGCAUUGCUAGAGUCAGGGCUAUAACCGCGAAAAUCGAAGUUCGCAAAUUGCGGGGAUUUUUCUCUGUCACUCUAAUUACGCCUUCGUUGGAGUAAAUGAGAAAGAUCCCCGCAAUUUUCGAAUUUCGGUUUUCGCGGUAGCCGCUCAGAUCAGGCUAAGUUGGCAGCGAUUUUGACGGCCCAGACGGUGUGUUAUUUUAAACGUCAAACUUCUACGAAAUUAUGACGUUUACAUAACACUUGCACCGUCGGGGCUAUCAAAAUCUGAAACUAAAGUAGUGUUUUACAGACAUAGCAACUUAUCACGACAACCGAGAGACACGCAGCUACUACCGCUAUUCCCGCAGCGGGGUUUAACUACUAUGCAGAUAGUUAUUCAAAAGGGUACCGAUUUCAUUGAUAUUGAGCAUAGGAAGGAGGCAUGAGAUUAUAUAAGUUAUAUUUAUUUUUUCAAAAUUCUUCUACGUACUAAAGUCACUAAUGUAACUAAACUUGUUUAAGAAUAAAAUGUUAUUAAAUUUUAAGUAUUAUUAAAAUUUAUUAUACUAAAGAAUAUAUGUUUACGAGUUUUACUUCAACAUUAAAUGAUGUUCACUUAAAAUGUCAUCUUUUAGUUCAUUUCAUUCAGUACACUUCAAAUUUCGUGAGUAUACUUAGGUUCUUAUUAAGUAAAUGCUACAAUAACGUCAAGAGUUGCGUCCGUUUUUUAAAUUUCUAAAUACGAAAGGAUAUGCCAAAGAUGUCGCUUGUCAAAAUUAUUUCUUUAGAUCAGCUGGGGCUGAGGAUGGUAUUCCACCUGUCCAAUUUCUUUGUCCAUUGUCAUUAAUUUGCUUCUCUCGUAGCAAAAUUGACGCUAAAGCAAGAUUUUGGACAUAGAUGGAAUACCACCCUUAUACACUUGUUGUGUACUGUCGGAUAAAAGGAAGGUCCAUCUGACAUCAAACACAUCUUGUACGGUGCUGGUUUUAUGAUUCCGUAACUAAGUGCGGUAUAAACACUAAGGUCCCCCCAUACAGUUUGAAAUAAGUAAUCGAAUUGUUUGUAAUGCGUGGUGUUCAAUGUUCAUGGUAGCUAUAAUAAUAUGUAUUUCGUGUUUAUUGGUCAAUGUGUGAAUGGGAGGGGGGGGGGGGCUAUUCUUUGGACAAUAAAUCCACUUGUAGAAUCAGCAUAGCUCCGUUACCUAUAAUCGUUCACCCUUACUCGUUGGGGUGUUUUGUAGUAAUGUUUCUACAGCUCCUAUUUGUCUAUAUUUUCUCUUUUUACCACAGAUUAGAUACGUACAGAGGUAACACAGCGAGCAAUUGCCACAACCUAGGCAAAAGGAAUAAAUAUAGGUAUGUAUUCCUUUUGCCCCGUGUAGGAUAAAUUAAUUGAAUUAUAUUUCUUUACAUUAGUAUCAGAACACUUGUUACUGGUUAAUAUACAACGUCAUCGAAGAAUGAAUGAUAAAAUACUUAUGUAAAUUAAUUAUUCAAUCGGACGUUACUUUGCGGAUUUCAUACUAAGUAUUUACUGGAUAAAUAUUUUUCUAGUUAUUAAACUGUUUCAACACUGCUAGAGUUAUAAAAGCUUUACUUACUAACGAAACGUAAUUUUUUGGAAUUCGUACUAACAUCGUAAUGCACUGAUGCACUUGUUUUCGGUGUGGACCAAAUGAAAAAUAAUUUAUAGUAUGUGUACAAAAGUAUCUAUAUAUUCAAAAUUUUCGUGUGAAUCUUUCCAUGUUUUUCAUAUAAAUGUAUAAAUACUUAUUUUUUUAGGAAACAAUAAUUGUGAACAAGGUCGCUUGUUACAUACGUAAAUUAAAUAUACAAAUUGUAUAGAAAUGUCAUGCUUUUAAUGUGUAUUGCCAAAUGUUAACAAUAGUUAAGCAACUAGGAGGAUCACAGUAAUAUGAUAUAUAAUUAUUGCCAGUUCUUAUAUCAACGCAGUAAGAUAUAUAUUAGCAUGGCACUUUAUUAUAUUACUGUGAUCAAAGUAUAUAAAUACAAUAUUUAUUAAUCUUAGACAAUUUUUAUUGUCUGAAAAUUUUGAUUUUAUUCUAGUUUCGCUUUUUGUCAUAAGCGUUCACUAAAUUGUUAUAAAUAUUAUAUUUGCCUUUUGUUUUCAAGGCCACGAAAAAUAUAUAUCAUGUAUAAAAAGGUGCGUUAUUUUAAGUCGUUUUAAUAGAUUUUAUUUUUUUAUUCGCAAAGCUUACAUACUUUGUGUUUGUAAAGUCAUACUGUAAGAUAGUCACUGUGUAAUUAACAUGUAUACUUAGAUCGCUUUAAAGUUUUUAUGCCAAUAAAAAUAUAGAUAAAC